GCUCGUGAGUUGCUCUGAAUCCAGGGAACGGGCUCAAGGAAUGGGAAUAGGAUUGGAUGGACAGACACUCUGAGAAAAAAUGGCCGUCGGAUGACCAAAGUUGUCUCAGACCUCUGAAAGGAUGAGGGACUGCUAAUCGGAUGAGCCAUGUCUCCAAAAGGAGUCGGCCAGAGCAAGGUGGAGGAAACCGCCGUGCAGGUGGCGGUCCGGGUUCGACCGCUGCUGCCCAAAGAGAUUCUGCACAACCAUGAGAGUUGCAUCACUGCUGACCCUGAGGAGAGGAGGGUCACCCUGGGCAAUGGCCGGCACUUUCACAGUGACUUUGUCUUUGAGGAGAGCUCUACCCAGGAAGAGGUGUACACAGACUGCGUUCAGCCACUUAUCGAAUCCUUCUUUCAUGGUUUCAAUGCCACUGUUUUCGCCUAUGGGCAGACUGGCUCGGGCAAAACAUACACCAUUGGAGAAGCCGAUAUUUCUGCUUUGAGAGAUGAUGAACAAGGCAUCAUUCCCAGGUCUGUGGCCGAGAUCUUCAAACUGCUGGACGAGAACGACCUCGUUGACUUUUCUGUCCGUGUUUCCUACAUAGAGGUUUACAAAGAGGUCUUCAGGGACCUUCUGGAAGUCGAGACGGCUAGUAAAGACAUAAAUAUUCGAGAGGAUGAAAAGGGUAAUGUAGUGCUGUGCGGUGUGAAGGAAUGUGAAGUGGAGGGGCUCGAUGAGGUUCUGAGUCUCUUAGAGUCCGGAAUGACGGCCCGCCACACAGGGGCCACUCAGAUGAACCCCCAUUCCAGUCGAUCCCACACCAUUUUCACAGUGUUGAUGGACCAGAGGCGUGGAUCCUCUCGGGGGGCAGGGGGAAACGUUCAGAUCCUCUCUUCCAAGUUUCAUUUUGUGGACUUGGCUGGAUCAGAGCGCAUCCUCAAAACCGGCAACACCGGUGAGCGGCUAAAGGAGAGCAUUCAGAUCAACAGCGGGCUGCUCGCUCUCGGAAAUGUAAUUGGGGCUCUCGGAGACCCCAAAAGAAAAGGCACCCAUAUCCCAUACAGAGAUUCCAAAAUCACCAGGAUCUUAAAGGACUCACUCGGAGGCAAUGCCAAGACACUCAUGAUUGCAUGCAUAAGCCCCUCCUCCUCAGACUUCGAUGAGAGCCUGAACACACUCAACUACGCCAAGCGGGCCCGCAACAUCCAAAACCGGGCGACCGUCAACUGCCGGGGUGAGCCGGACCGCGUCGAGGGCCUCGAACUCCAAAUUAAAGCUUUAAGACGUGCCCUCGAAAACCGCCAGCGCUCCGAAACCCGCAUUAUUGCUCGUUCCGACCCCGAAAAAAGACAUCGGCACUUUGAAAUGGAUGCAAGGAAGUUGCAGGCUGAGAGCGCCCACUAUAGGACAUGCACGGAUUCGGCCUACAGGCUUUUGACAGAGCUGCAGGGGGAGGGAACACUGAACGCAGGUCAGCUGUUGCGGGUGAAGGAGUGGCUUUGUGCCGUGGAGGAGGAACGGAGCGGACUGACAUCGGCAUCGGGUCUGGACAGUGGCAUUGAGAGCAGCUCUACUGAGGACAGUACAGCGCUGAAAAAGGGACGGGCUGAGUUGAAUAACCAGUGGGAUUUAUGCAUACUAAAGGAGCAUGUGAAAGAAGACUGGAGCGGAGACGAAGAAAACGGCAUUUCCCAAUUACUGGCCCGGAUUCAACAACUAGAACCAGAAAACACAGACUUCUUAGCUGCAUUGGAAGAUGCCAUGGAGCAGUACAAACAGCAGAGUGAUAAGCUACAGGAGCAGCAGGAUCUGAUAUCCGAACUUUACAGUCUGUUAGCCCAGCCUGGUGGAGCAGGACUGAUGAACUUAAGUCAGAGACCUCACACUGCUCCCAUCAACUCUUUCCUGCAAACAUCAGACACAUCGGAUCGUCUGACUCCUCCCUUCGACUCAGAUGUAAGCAGAAGCCUCAACAGACAGGUUGGAAUAGGUGGGUCAAUUGACAACAACUCAUUUUUAGACCACGCCCAGUGGCAGACCGGGUUCGAAAACGAUCACUUUGACACCUCCGGGAAAGUAGUGAGUCGAGACGGUGAAGAUGGUCCCAUUAAAGGCAGCAGAGACAAACCGAAAUCCAACAAUGUAAACUGGUCAAAGAAAGAUGCUCUAGUACUUCAAGGAUCUUCUUCUGGGGUCAGGGCACCACUGUCUCAAAUGCUUGGGCUCGGUCAUCCUCCGGGUGUGCAGUACACUAGACGUACAUCUAACAGCAGCGUUGGUGAGAGCUCGACAUUGGAGAGCGUGAGAGGUUUUGGAGGUGAUCUUUACUCAGAGCGAGGGCUUCUUCAAGCCCAGCAGAAGAUCAGAGAACUAUCCAUAACUAUUCGUAUGAAAGAGGAGCUUAUUAAAGAGCUGGUCAAAACAGGUAAAGAUGCUCAGGCUAUGAACAAGCAGUACAGUCGUAAGAUCUCAGAGCUGGAGGCUGAGGCAGAACAGGCUCGUGCCGAGCUCACCGAGGCCCAGAAGCAGCUGCAAGACCUGGAGGUCCAUGGAAGCCGUGACGCCGCUGACCGCUCCAAAGCCCAGGAGUGCAGGAGAAAGAUCGCAGCCGCACAGAGCAAAGUUCAGGUGUUAAAGCAGAAGCAGCGGGACACCGCUCAACUCGCCUGUCUGUCUGCGCAGAGCGAGAGGCGCGUGCAGGAACUGGAGAGGAACGUGCAGAAUAUGAGACAGCAACAGGACCUGCUACAGCGACGUCUGCGAGAGGAGAGCCAGCAAAAGAGACGACUGGAAAGUGAGAUGCAAAAGGGAAAACACAGAGUCAAGGAGCUGGAGAUCAAGAACGAACAGCAGCAGAAGAUCCUGAGGAUAAAGACGGAGGAAAUCGCUGCAUUCCAGAGGCAGAGGAGGAGCGGAAGUAACGGCUCUGUUAUUUCAUUAGAGGAACAGCAGAAGAUAGAGGAACAGAAACGCUGGCUUGAUGAAGAAAUGGAGAAGGUUCUGGAUCAACGGCGAGGUCUAGAGGACUUGGAAGGAGAGCUGACCAAGCGAGAGGAGAUCUUAGCCAAAAAGGAGGCCUUGCUGAUGGAACGCAGUGGACUGGAAUCCAAAAAGCUUCGAUCGAGUCAGGCUCUCAGUAAAGAUCUGGUGACCCUGUCGAACCGAAUCGAAUCUUUGGAGCGGGAGCUCAUCGAGAGGAACGGUCUCCUGAGGAGCAGCAGCGCUCAAGACUCCCAGCAGAUCAGACAGGAGAUCUCUAACCUCAGGCAAGAGAAGGAGCUGCUCCUCAAACAGAAGGUGGAGCUGGACGAUAAACUGAGACAGGGCAACCUGCUGUCUCCUGAGGAAGAACGAACUCUCUUCCAGUUGGACGAAGCAAUCGAGGCUUUGGAUGCAGCUAUAGAGUACAAAAACGAAGCGAUCACCCAGAGACAGAGGCAGCUGCGGGCAUCAGGAAGUAUGCUUACGCAGUGGGAGAUGAACCUGAUGGCAAAGCUCACCUACCUGUCUGGCUCAGAAACUCGAGCACUUCUUUGUAAAUACUUCGAUAAGGUGGUGUGUCUACGCGAGGAGGAGCGGAGGCUUCAUUUGGCUCUGGCCAAGCUGGAGCUUCAAGUCGAGGAGCAGCAGAGUCAGGCGGAUUGGCUGGAAGCGGCUCUGGAGAGACAGCAGCUGGAGGCCGAUCGCAGACUCACUCAACAGCAGAAGGAACACGAGAGAAACAUCCAGCUACUGCUGCAACAAUGUCGAGAGCAAAUGGAUGAAGGUAUUGCUGGUAGACAGAGACAGUAUGAAGGUCUGAUCCACAACCUUAGCAAAGAGCUGAACCUCUGCAGAGCAGCCAAUCAGGAGCUGAGCAGUAAACUGAGAGAAAUGUGCAACCCCGUAAACCAGGCUGGAGAACAGAGCAAAGGUGUAAAUUGUGACAGUCGGCCCACAGGUUGUAUGGAAAGGGUCCCGGGCAGAGUCGCUGAAGACACGGUCAGGUUUUCCCAUGAGACUGAGAGACUUCAUAAGUCUAGAGAAGAGAUGCGGGACCUUGUGAACGCCCCUUUACCCCCCACAUGGAGGCGCUCUUCUCUCCCUUCAGAAGACCAGUACAAUGUUGAUGAACUAGGACAGAGAGCGGUCUGUGAUAAUAACAGAAUAAUUCAGUCCGGUGUAAACUCUGGACACUGGAAUGGGACAACCUCUAUACCUCUCACAAGACCCAGACGUGAUUUUAGGAGAUCCAGCCUCAAUACGGGACCACUUCAUAACAAUUCAGCAAUUAUUGACGUUCGAAGAAAUCCGGUGUAGGACUGCAUUACUCUUGUACAGUUGAGAACCUGUGUAUUAGACCAAUAAGAUGUUGUUUUUGAUCAAUAUUAGUCGUUUUUUUAUUGGUUAUCCUUGAAAUGUAUGUUUGAUCUCAUUUGGGCAGAUUUCAAGUAUUUUUCAUGGAGCUGUUUCAAGUUUCAAACCCUCUUUAACAUAUUAUUUUAGUAAUUGUAUAAGGCUUGUUCUUUAAUAGAUGGAAUAAAACAGUUGUAAGAAAAUCA